AUGUCUAUCGCACCCAUCUCGCUGUACCCGUGCCUCUUCUUCGAAUCCCAGGCCGAACAGGCUGCGCGGUUCUACACGUCCAUCUUUCCCAACUCCUCCAUCGACACCAUCAACCACUUCACCGACACGGGGCAUGACUUCCAGAAGCAUCUGAUUGGUUCCGUCAUGAGUGUUGCUUUCACCCUCAACGGCAUGACAUGGCUCGCGCUCAACUCCAAGCCCAAGGACAUCCCGAUGAACGAGUCGGUCAGUUUCCAGAUCAUCUGCGAGGGUCAGGAGGAUGUGGACUACUUCUGGGGCAAACUGACCGAGGCCGGGGACGACGAGGCGGAAAUAGACGAGUCCAAGCAGAUCUGUGGCUGGAUCAAGGACCGGUUUGGUGUGCACUGGCAGGUCGUGCCUAGGCUGGUAGAGGAAGUCAUGACUUCGGGCAACGCGGAGAGGAUGCAAAGGACCAUGAAGGCGGUCAUGGAGAUGAAGAAGAUUGUGGUCAAGGACAUUGUCGAUGCCCUGGAGGGCACGGCUUGA